UAUUUGUUCCGAUUACUCAUUUAUGAAGUUUCAGUAAUUCAAUUGCAAUUUGCCUUGCCAUUACCAUGAAACGCUACAUCUCUAGAAUCACCAAUUGGCCUACGCCCUUUCCCUUUCGAAACUUGAAUUUCUUCAUGGUGGAUAAGGAGAGGAAUUUUGGUUCUAAACCUACGAAAGAACCAAUUAAUAACGAAGAAGGGAAUCAAAUUUCCGAUAUGUUAAUCGACGGGUUCGGCCGGAAACAUACUUACCUGCGACUCUCCUUAACCGAACGUUGUAAUCUCCGGUGUCAAUACUGUAUGCCGGCAGAAGGGGUAGACCUUACUCCUUCACCAAAAUUACUCACUCACAACGAGAUCCUUCGUUUAGCUAACCUCUUUGUUACUUCCGGUGUCGAUAAGAUCCGUCUCACUGGCGGUGAACCCACCGUCCGGAAAGAUAUUCACGAUAUUUGUUCCGAUUUAUCGAGCUUGAAAGGGCUUAAAACAUUGGCUAUCACUACAAAUGGAAUUACCCUUGCUAAAAAGCUUCCAAUGCUUAAACAAUGUGGGAUUACUAAUUUGAAUAUCAGUUUAGAUACCCUUGUUCCUUCGAAAUUUGAGUUUAUGACUAGGCGUAAAGGUCAUCAUAAGGUUAUUGAAUCCAUUAAUGCGGCCAUUGAUGUUGGAUACAACCCUGUAAAAGUUAACUGUGUUGUUAUGCGUGGAUUCAAUGAUGAUGAAAUUUGUGAUUUUGUCAAUCUCACUGUUGAUAAACCAAUUAAUGUUCGAUUCAUUGAGUUCAUGCCUUUUGAUGGGAAUGUAUGGAAUGUGAAGAAACUCAUUCCGUAUUCGGAGAUGUUGGAUACAGUGGCAAAGAAAUUUCCGACCUUAAAGAGGUUGUGUGAUCAUCCGACAGAGACUGCAAAGAAUUUCCAGAUUGAUGGCCAUGUGGGUACUGUAUCUUUCGUUACUUCGAUGACCGAACAUUUUUGUGCUGGUUGUAAUAGAUUGAGACUUUUGGCUGAUGGCAACUUAAAAGUAUGUCUCUUUGGUCCUUCUGAGGUUAGCUUAAGAGAUCCUCUUCGUUCCGGUGCUGGUGAUGAGGAACUUAGAGAAAUAAUUGGAACAGCGGUAAAGAGGAAGAAAGCUUCGCACGCCGGGAUGUUUGACAUUGCUAAGACAGCAAAUAGACCGAUGAUACACAUUGGUGGCUGAGGAAUGUGGUGUAAAAAACAUCCUCCAGAGGUGAAAAACAGAGAUGAAGCUGGUAAUUUUCACAAACUGUUGAUCUUUGCUUAACAGUAAAAAAGAAAAUGGGGUGAAUUUGUGAUGAAAAAGUUUUGUUGUAAGUUCUUUAUGUUGUAUAAUUUUUUUUUAACUCAAAAGGCCAGGUUUAGCAUUGAGAGGGCACAUUUACUGAGAUCAAAACGCUGUAUUUUACUGCAAUCACCAUAAUGAUAUUGGUUUUACAGCAUAA